AGAUAUGGAUGAAAAGCAGAGACAAAAAGACUUCUCUGAUAUUAAUAUUGCUUGGAGUGAGCUUGACUGCAUAACCUAUACAAAUACCAUAAAAGCUGAAAUAUCAUUCGAAGUUAUAGGCUACUUUGAUAUA